ACAUCGGUCCGGGCUGGAAUGCUGCUCCCAAGGCUGCUAACGUGUGUCGCCGCGUGCGCCUUGCUCCUGACGCCGGGCUGCGGGGGCUGCGGGCCGGGCCGAGGCUACGGCAAGAGGCGCUCGCCGCGGAAGUUGGCACCGCUCGCUUACAAGCAGUUCAGCCCCAACGUGGCCGAGAAGACGUUAGGGGCCAGCGGGAGGUACGAAGGGAAAAUAACUCGCAACUCCGAGCGCUUCAAGGAGCUCACCCCUAACUACAACCCCGACAUCAUCUUCAAGGAUGAGGAGAACACAGGUGCAGACCGCAUGAUGACACAGCGCUGCAAAGACAAGCUGAACUCUCUGGCAAUCUCCGUGAUGAACCUUUGGCCCGGGGUCCGGCUGCGGGUCACAGAGGGUUGGGACGAGGACGGUCACCACUCGGAGGAGUCGCUCCACUACGAGGGGCGGGCGGUGGACAUCACCACCUCGGACCGGGAUAGGAACAAGUAUGCCAUGCUGGCUCGGCUGGCGGUGGAGGCGGGCUUUGACUGGGUCUACUACGAGUCCAAGGCCCACAUCCACUGCAGUGUCAAGUCAGACCACUCGGUGGCAGCCAAGUCUGGAGGUUGUUUCCCGGGCGACGCCUUGGUCAUUGUGGAAAACGGCCUCCAGAAGUCCAUCCGUGACCUGCGCCCCGGUGAACAAGUCCUGACUUUGUCUGGCAGAGACAGUCGCGCUCAACUGGUGUACAGCCAAGUCCUGACCUUUCUGGACCGUGACCCAGGAAUACACAAGCUCUUCUAUACCCUAACGACCGAAGGUGGUGCGCACCUUUCUCUGACCGCCGCCCACUUGCUGUUUGUGUCUCAGGGUAACUGCUCAGAUGGGGUGCCGCCCACUCCUAGCUCCCUGAGGACGGUGUAUGCUUGUGACGCUCGCCCGGGCCAGUGUGUGCUGGUGGCCGACGGUAGUUUGGGAACUCUUUCUCGGAUUGCGAGUGUCACUGUGACGGAGAGGACGGGGGCGUUCGCUCCUCUGACGGCACAGGGGACCCUGGUGGUGGAUGGGGUGGUGGCGUCCUGCUAUGCGGUGGUGGAACAGCAUACCUUGGCUCACUGGGCCUUCUCGCCACUCAGGCUGAUGCACAGCUGGACCGGCACCAGUGGUUACCGUGGCGAUGGGGUCCACUGGUACGCUGAGCUUUUACACUGGCUGGGGGGGAUGCUGCUGGACUCCGGACACCUCCACCCACUGGGUGUUGCCGCAGCCCACAGGUGAGGAUGAAAACUGCAACAAGAUAAGCCAAUAGAACUAUAUGAUGGAUGUUUGGAUAGCUGCUAAGCCUCAUGGGAGUAUCACUUGGGUUGCGAAAGAGGAGUCCAGAAGUGUUAAUUCAUCAGACAGACUGACUAUAGAUCAUAUACUAACAUGUGAACUGGUCUUAAUCUCCUGAUGUAGAACAAUGAAUAAAAAAACAAAAACAAUAAUCAACCAUUGUUGACAAAGAUGAAAAGCGAAUGUCAUCACAGCAGUGUACUCCAUCUACUAUGGCGUCCUACUGAAAUGAAAAGUUGCACACUAACUACACUGAACAAAAAUAUAAGUCAAUAUACACUUUUGUUCUUGUUCGCAUUUUUGAUCGAAGACUUUCACUGUGCACAAAAGAACUAUUUAUCUCAAAUGUUGUUCACAAAUGUGUCUAAAUCAGGGUUUGUGACCACUUCUACUUUGCUGAUUUCAACUUUGUCAGUAUUUGGUGUGACCACUAUUUUCAUUAUGCAGUGCAACACAUUUUUUUUUUUUUUUUUUUGCAUAGAUGUGCCUUAACACUGACCCCCAGCCCCAACUCCACCCACAAUACCGUGACACUGCACAUAUUAGAGUGGCCUUUUAUUGUGGACAACAUACUGUAAGGCACACAAAGGCGUUACACUGCACGAGGAAAAUGGUCACACCAGAAACUGACUGGUUUGGGGACAAAGUAGAUUUUGGCAAAGUAGCAGUGCUCACUCACUGUGAUUAAGACAGAUUUGGGAACAAUAUUUCAGAGAACUAGGCCUUUGUGUCAGAGAAAAAGUCUUGAUCUUUAAGUUCAGCUCAUGAAAAAUAGGAGCAAAAACAAAAGUGCAUUUACGCUUUUGGUCAAUAUACUGUAUUUAGAAAGACCGUUUCCAGUGAUAUGCGGCAGAUUCCUUUUGUAAAACUUGUAUGUAACAAUUAAAUAUAUUUUAGGACAAUGACAAUGUAUUUAAUAUCUUCUUGUUUACAGAAAGUCAACAUGAAGUUGUGGUUGGAGGAAAUAUUUAUU